ACACACACCAACAACACGCAUCGAACCUAACAACUACACAACCUGUGGGGAGCGAUGAUAAACAGCGUGUGCGCACAUGUACGUAUGUGAGAGAAGAAGAGGGACAGAUAAAAAAAAAAAAGCAAGUGAGGCGUGAGAGAGAAAGAGAGGCAGAGAGGGAUCGAGUUGUGAAACAAAGUAUAGAGAAAUCCGUUUCUCUGUGUGUGUGUGUGUGUGUGCGUGUGUGUGUGUGUGUGCGUGUGCGUGUGAGAGUGUGUGUGUGUACGUACGUAUGUGAGUGUUGGUACGGAAAGAGAACUACACGUUGUUACAAAGCGGCCUCCUCGUCUCCUGCAAAGAUGUGAACAUGCAACGUUGAGCGAAAAACCUCACCUGUUGUGGGUGUCGGACUGUUUUUACACAGACACACACACACACACACACACACACACACACACACACACACGCACACACAAACAAACAAACAUUCACAUAUAUACAUACACAAACACACACACACACACACAUAUAUAUAUAUAUAUAUAUAUAUAUAUAUAACAGACACACACACGCACGCAUAUAUGCGUACUUUUUUGCCUCUUCAUCCGAAUCCAAACUGCAAGCGGAAGGACCAUGUUGGGAAUUUUACCUUCAAUCAUGAGAAAAGUUCGCCGGAGCAAACACAUGAAGUUUGAACGAGAUACGUGAUGAUACGUAAUCUUAUAUAGUAACGUAUCCUUGAUAUUUAAACGGAAACAAGGAAAGAACACACACACACACACACACACACACGCAUAUAUAUACAUAUAUACAUAUAUAAAGAUAGAAACAUAUAACCACUCACACGAAUGUAUAUCUGCAUGAUUUUAAUAACCGUGUACAAACGACAAUUAUAAACGAUUCACAACUACUACUACUACUAAUACCAAAAAAUUGCUAAUUUUACUAAUAAUAAUUCUAGCAACACAAUCUUAUGUGAGUAAGAAAGGAAAAAAAAUAAUAAGCGUGCGUGAACUUAAUAUCAUUUAAGAAAAGAAAUUACGUAUAAUAAUAAUAACAGCAACAAUAUUAAGAAAUAACAACUUUCUCAGGAGAUAAAGAUGAUGGAAAUGAUGCCGAUAAUGAUGAUGGUAUCAACCACUACGUUAACAACAACAACAAAACAAUAUUGCAUAGAAUAGUGUUUGGAUGACAGAAAACUUGAAUUUGCUAAUAGGUGUUUAGACAUACACACACACACACAAUCACAUACUCACACCUCGACGCACACUCACACACACUCUCACACACGCUCACACAUGCUCGCACACACGCAUGGUUAUAAACACAUUUAUGCAUAAUACUGCAUCAGAUCAUACAAAAACCGCGUAGUCACGCACACAUACAUACAUACGCGCAUAUACACCCAUGCAAAUGCGCAAAAACCACACAGGUUCAUAGACAUACUCGGAGACACAAUACGCGAUACACAUCAUUACUGUCACCAUCAUCUUCACAAAUACAUCCACCACCACCACCACCACCAUCACCACCAGCACCGGUACCGCCGCCAUCGUCACCUUCGUCAUUACCGCCAUCAUUACCAUCAUAGUCUUCAUCCUUUCCAUACUAAGGAUGUCGACGCUCGCGUGCGUGUGUGCGUGUACGAGUGCGUGUGUGUGAAUAGAUGAAAAUCUCAUUUUGAAAUAAGCGACGAUGCACAAAUAGCCUUGUUUAAUGUGUUUGUGCAUAAUAAUUGUUAAAGGCACACAUAUACCGAAAACUAACCCCUGCACACUCACAACACGUAUAUAAUACACAAACAUAUAUAUAUAUAUAUAUAUGCACAUACACAUAUGCAUAAAAUUGCACUCAUAUACCUCAAAGGAUUAUCAUGAAUAUUCUUAUAAAUGUAUUAAAUUGCACCAAAGUGAAAGGAUAUAAUAAUUCUUGUUUAUGUAUAUAGCCAAAUGCACGCGCGCACAUUCACCUCUAGAGACGCAAAUAUACACACUUGAGUACAUAUAUGUAUAUUUUGGUUAGUAACAGUACAAUGUAUCUAUACACACGUCCAUGUACAGCAAGGAGCAGUGGCCAAGCAGAAAAAAUGAAUUCUGAGAAUCUAAAAACAGACAAAAAAUAACAAGAAUUCUAAUGGUUAAAAUAUGUUAUUUCUAAAACAAAAAUAAUUUUACAUUUUUUUUUUUUGAGGGUGGGUAUAUUUCCAAGUUUUAUGUUCUAUAUCAUAAGACAUCUUAUUUCCAUGAGUAUUCUUUAUAAAAUUCUUUAUAUUUUUCCUCCUUUUAAUAUACCUCGUAUGACGUUUCCGAAACAAGAGUUUUCUCUGUGCGUGUGACUGUGUAUAUAUAUUUGUUACCUAAAAUCUACAAUGAACUUAGAUUCGAAACCCAGCUAAUUGCAAUUACAGAGGACUAAAUACUUGUUACUAAACCAGAGCUGGUUAAAGCUAAACAUAGACGGAUUGGUGACGCCUCUUUCGACAAAACCCUAAACCAAUCGCAAAUGAAAUCGUGAAGUGACCUCAGAAAUGUAUCAGUAUUACAGAUAUUCACCGACUAUUUUCAACACAAAAAUAUCAGGUGAAUACAAGAAAUGUAAAAAAUACGUGUGAAAAGGUUUGUUUCCGGACAUGAACUUCCAUUAAAAUAUACCACAAUGUUUUUCAGUUGAAACGUCAUCCAAUCGCAAAUUGAAUUCUCUAAUUUCUAUAAGCCGAUCAUGUGGCCACUUUCUUCAAAUAUUCUCAACUGCAUUCUCAUCUGUUGGCAUGUAUGAUCGAUAAUUUCCGUGUUUCCUUGGUUCUUAAGAAUUUUGCCACGCAUACCAACCAGGUCACUUAUCUGUGCUGAUCCUGACUAAAGUAACUAUCGCUGAUGAUGCCUGGUAGCCACAAAGUGGUGAACGUGAUCAGCAGACAGACGACCUGGGACAUACCCUGAAAUAAGGUUAAACAACGCAAUGUUACCAUACAAGAAAUCAUAAACUCAAAUAUUGACAACAGUAACACCAAACUAUAAUAAGAAUAAAAAAAGAGGAACAGCAGCAGAAGAAGCGACGACAGAAAGAAAACAAUUGUUAAAUCUACGAAAUCCCUCAUCUAACCAGUAACACAACCGCUAUUUACAAAUAAAAUAACAAUGUAAUGAUAUUAUUAGUGCUCCGAAGAAGGUAAAAACAAAUAAAGAGUUGUUUAUGGAAAUGAGUGUUUUUAACCAUAGCACACAUCAGUUUAACGCCAUGAGUGUUAAUCCGUCACCGUCCCCCAACUCUGGUUCAUCGUCAGCAGCAGCAGCAGCGGCAGCGGCAGCAGCCGCCGCUGUCCACUUUAGCAGUUAUGGCCUUGAAAACACAACAGAAUUAGGGGACUGGUUCUAUGCCUGGAACGAUACAUGGAACGAAACUAACAACGAUACGUCGUAUAGUAUGUCUUCUGAAGCAUCUUCGCAAACCCCUCUUCCAAUCUGGACAACAGUGAUACUCGGUAUCAUGGCGGGCGUGUGCAGCCUAGUCACUGUGCUAGGUAACGCCAUGGUGCUGUUUUCCUUUGCUAUUGAGCGAACCAUUCGCCAACCGACGAACUAUUUUAUAGCAUCUUUGGCAGUAUCUGAUCUUUUGAUCGGAUCAUUUUCAAUGCCAUUUUUCACAUCGUAUCUUCUACUUGGAUAUUGGCCCAUGGGUCCUUGGCUAUGUGACCUCUGGCUAUCACUAGACUGGACAGUGUGUCUAGCUUCACAAUAUACAGUAUUUCUAAUUACAAUGGAUCGUUUUUGCUCUGUUAAACUUCCAGCCAAGUACCGAAACUGGCGGACAGAAAGGAAAGUAAUAAUUAUGAUAGCCGUGAUAUGGGUGUUACCAAUUUCAAUUUUUUUUACAUGUAUUAUUGGUUGGCAAUUUUUUGUUGGAAAGCGGACAGUACCAGAACGUGAGUGUGAAGUACAAUUCAUGAGUGAUCCAGUGUUUCUUCUACUAUUAACAAUUGGAUAUUAUUGGACAACAUUAAUUGUUAUGUGCGGUCUAUAUACAGGCAUUUACAGAGUGGCCUUGAUGUUGCAGAGAAAAUCAGAAGCAAAACAUAAAAAAAUAAGUGCUGCAAUGGAAAUGGCAACAGACCAGAUACGACAAGCUCACUCUCUAAGAGCUGGGCAUGCUGACAAAACGGGGGCUGGUAAGGAUCACAAAGACGGAAACAAUGUAGCAAUGACCACAACAAGUUUCAGUUCCAAGCGAAACAGUGAAAAGGAAGAAGAGCGGUCAAGUAGUCCAGCUUUUGCUUCAGAUGAUGAAAAUAGUAGUCAGUCUCCUAAACCAUCCAAGAAACCAUCCCCGAAGGAUCUUCCACAAUUACUGUGUGAUAUUGGGAAAGUACCAGCCGGUUUAAUUGAAGAUGCACCUAUGGCAACGAGUAAGAGUCAUAUUAAAGCCAAUGGCAGCAAAAAAACUAAGGGAAAUCUAAAAUUUUCAACGAAACAAAGUCAGAAAGGCAAGAAUAAUGUAGCAGAAAGUUUAAACAAUAGAUCUAUGUCAAAUGCUAACACAAAUACUGUUAUGGCAUUAUAUGAACCUGCCGAAGUGAAAACUGCUCAGAAAUCAUCGCGAUCGACUUCUUUAGUUGAUAAACAAAACUCUACAAUCCCUCUUCUCAUAAAUGAAACUAACAAAUUUGCCUUUGAAGAAGGAAUUAAAGAAACUGAAAAUAUAUUAAAGAACGAAGGUAACGCGGCAGAGGAUGACGAAGAAGAAGAUUUGAUAGAUUGUAGUAUUCCUCACUUAGCAGCUGAAUCCGCUGAAAGUAUAAAGCUUCUUCCAGAAAUCAUGCCAGACACGACAUAUACUGGAGACAACAAUUUGAUAACUUUGGAUUCAUGUGAACCUGAGAGCAAUGAGGUCCAGAAUUCUCCUGUUUGGAAGAGGAGAUCUCUCGUCAAGUAUUCAGCAUCAUCUCCGGCCAUAGACCUAACCGCUACUUCGUCAGCAGUUGCGGAAGCCAGCUAUUCUAGUUAUGAUGAAGAUGGAGGAGAGGGAGGCGAAGAAGGAGAAAUGACCAGUUUACUUCAGCAGUGUAUCUCUCAACCUUCUGUGAUGAUGACGGCCACGACAACAACAACGCCCCCACCAAUUACAAUGUCCUCAGAAAUAACAACAGCUGAAAUGGAACCAGAAAAUGAUAAUACUGCAGCCACAAUACUUACUAUGGCAAUGGAGGAAAUACCGAAAGUGAAUUCCACAGCUUCGGACUUUUCUCCUCAUUGUCCUGAUAAAUCGUUUCAAUUUCCGGACACAGAUUAUGAGAAAGAACAUAAAAAUGUAGCCAAUGAAGGCGCCAUAUUGGAAAAUUACGAAAACACACAAGAACAACUAGAAGAACAGCAUCAGCAACACGAUCCCCAACAGGAACAAACACAAAUAGAACAAGAAGAAGAACAAGAAAAACCACAACAGACUGAGGACAACAAUGAGCAGCAGAAAGAAUUACAACAGGAGCAAGAACAAAAACAACAGCACCUAGAAGAGGAACAAACAGAGAAACAACAAAAGCAAGAUCCACAGCAAAAACAGGAAAAACAGAAACUGCAGAAACCGCAUACCGCAAACAAUCAAAAUGAUGAUUUGACUAGUGUAACUUCUAAACGUAAUCUAAAAUACAGCAGCCCUUUCCAAACCAUAGUGAAAAAUAUGGGUAAACAGAAGGUACGGCGGAGAUCAAAGAAGGAAAAGACGAAAUCAAAAUCAGAAAAUCGUGCAAGGAAGGCACUGAGAACAAUUACAUUUAUCUUAGGUGCCUUUGUUCUGUGUUGGACACCAUAUCACUUAAUGGUGGCCAUAAUCGGUAUGGGAGGAGGCAACAGUGAAGUUAGUGUCACCCUGUAUAAAAUUACUUACUGGCUGUGCUAUUUAAACAGUCCAAUUAACCCUUUCUGUUAUGCUUUUGCCAAUGUACAAUUUAAACGAACCUUUUUGAGAAUUCUACGAUUUGAUUGGCACCGGACAUGAAGCAAAUUCAACAUUAAAGAAAGAUAUAUUAUAUAUGCAUACAAAUAUGUAUACAAUAUAUAUAUAUAUACA